AUGGAAUCGAAAGAAGUAAAAUAUUUUUUAGAUAAUUAUGAAAAUAUCAUCAAAAGUUUAAGUGAGAAUUCUACAAAGCUAAAAGAUCUUUCGCAAUAUGAAAGUGUUCGAGAGAGCCUCAAAGCAUUAGUUUCAAAUAUUCUUAAAACUUCUGUGGAAAUUCAUUUUUUCGGUUCUCGAGUUAUAGGAUUAGCAACUGAAGAAUCUGAUUUAGAUAUUUUCGUAGAAGUGGAUGAAAGUUUUCAUAAAACUUUUACUAAGACAAAUGAAUUUCUUGAUCAGUUCAAGAAAAUUUCGUCAGCUCUUGAUAAAAGUAGUGAGUGGACAGUGAAAGAAAGUGAUUUAAUUACAACCAACGGUUUCUCCACUCGUUCAUCACAACUUGUGAGACAUUUGUUUACCAGUCAACCAGAAGCUGUUUCCCUUUUCCAUUUCAUCAAAAAAUGGAUCAAUUUAAAUGAGUUUUAUGGCUUCAGUGGCUACACAUACACGAUUGUCCUUCUUCUCAUAUUCUUUUUGCAAUCAAAAAAUUUCAUGCCUUCAAUUGAAACAAUACAGCAAAAUCUUCCAAAGGAAUUCAUCCAGAGUUGGGAGGUUCAAUUUGAUCCGAAUCUCAAUUUAAACGCUUAUAAAACAACAAAAAUUUCGGAUUAUAAAAAACACAUUCAUGAGUUUUUUAAGUUUUACAGCGAGUUUGAUUAUUCUCAAGUCAUGUCUGUUUAUGACGGGCUCAUAUAUGAAGAAAAUAAAUACAAGAAGAUUCAUCCGAAUUUUUUGCUCAAUGGCAUCAACAUUGGAGGACCGACUAACAGAGGAAAGAAUUAUGGCGUUGUUGAUGAAAUACAAAAAAAUCGCUUUGUCACUUUAUGUGGAUACUCAAGUUUGUCUCUUUUUGAAAAGUUCUUGGAAAAUAAAAUUAAAUAA